UAUUCAUUUAUCGUAGUUAUUUACUUAUUUAGAUAGUAUCAUUAACAAUAAUACUUUCACAACACCUUCCUUUAGAUGCCUGCACUGAAUGGACAAUUUUUCAUUCAUAUCAACUUAGAAAUUUACUGAAUGACCUCAUCUUUUUCAGUUAAAUGAUAAUUAUUCACCGUAGUAAAAUAACUCAAUUAUUUUAAAUUACAAUCCCAUUAAAAUAUUUAUCAAAAUCUGAAGUAUGCAGAGAAUAUUGUUUAUUGUACACCUUCUAUUUACAAGAUAAUUACUAAUGUCAUUGUUCAAAACUUGUGAAAUUUGGUCGUCACAGCUGCACACAACAAAUUUUGAGGACGGAUUUUGCUUGAAGUUAAGUCCUCUUCACAAUUUGCAUAAAUCUCAAUAUUUCAUCUUGUUUGGAGCUUCCUCUGGGAUUUUGUCCAUUUUUCUACCUCGAGCUGCUGAAAUUUCAGUUAAUGAAAAAUUAGACGAUCAAUUGCAUAAUCAUAAUGAUUUGUGUAUUGAAUACAAUACCGAGCAUCCUAUUUUAUGUAUAGGUUGUGGUAAUCUUGUCACGGAAAUGUGUCAGUAUCAACAGAUAGCAGUUUUGCAUUCACGAAUGAUAGUUGUUUAUGAUUUUGCGAAGUCUGAUGAUUCGUUUCAAGGCUGUAGUGAUACUUUUUCACUAGAAUCUUGGAAGCUAACAGUUUCAUUCAAACUUAACGUUCAAAAGGACUCAUACACAUUACUUCUUGGCAAAUUCUUUGAACAAAUUCAAACAGAUGUCAUUUGUGUUCAAACGGUCGACGCAUCUCUUUACUUUUUCAACGCAAAUGGAGAAUUAUUUCAAAUAACCUUACCAAAUAUUUUAAUACCUGCUCCUCUUAUAUUUGUAAAAUCCAUCCAUUCAUUAAUAACAGCUGCUUCAAUAAAAUUAUAUUGUUUUAGUUUUCUGUCUUCGAAUAUUAAACACUCACAAACAUUAUAUACUAAUCAUGAAAAUGUUUCAUUAGACUGGUCGAUUGUCUUAGGAGAACCUAUAUUGUGUAUGGAUGAAAUUGACUCAGAAUUUACAACUAGUAAACACUAUCCCUUAUCAUAUGUAGUUGCAUUAGGUAGAAAACGAAUUUUCCUUAUCUCAGAAACUGGUUCCUUAUUGUUUACCCGGCGUAUUGAGAUUCCAUCCAAACAACUAUGUGUAUAUGGUUAUUCAGAAGUAAAUGUUAAUUCACUGGAGAACUUAUUGUUAACUAAUGCACAAAGUCAAGUUUCUUGGGUGCCAAGAUUUCUGGUAACAACAGAGAAAAAUCAGCUACUUGUAUUCAAAGGUGCCCAACUCUUAUGGUCCGCAUUGUUAUCAUCGGGUGAAAUUCAUAUAUCUAUGCCUAUAUUCACAAUGGAAUUAAGUAAAUGUUACGGUAAAAAACUUCCAUUUAUUGGACUAAAUUUUUCAUCUGGUUUAAUUGUUGUACUUCAUAGAAAUGGACGAAUUACUUUAUCAUAUCUUGGCACUGAUCCAUCUAAUUUAGUUGUCCCAAAUAUCAUGAAAUCAAGUCAAAAUGAUCACAAUUAUUCAAAUAAAAUAGAUCCUAAUCAAUCACAAUUGAACAAUGAAAGUUUAGAUGAAGAAAUACAUCAAGUAAAUGAACGUAUUGAUCAGCUAAUAAAAGUUCAUUCAUCUUUAUUAUUCUCUAAUAAUAAUCAUAAAAAGACUCAUCUUGAAAAAGAUUCUCUCCCAAAAUUGAAAACGUCUAUACGUUUAAAUUCAAAUCGACUGAAUAUAAAUGAAAAUGAUGAAUUAUGCUUUAUUGAUAUUGAUAUUGAAUUUCCAAAAAAAUAUUCCAUAAAACAAUUUAAUUCUGUUUAUCUAUUAAUUCAUUCUUGUUCACCAAUUAUAAUAAAACCUAAUUAUAUAGAAAUUUUCUCUAAUGAAUUAAAUAGUCAUAAUUUUGUUUUAGUCAAUCAUAAUAAUUCAUAUAAGUAUUCAUAUACAUUAACAUGUUAUAAUGUGAAUAAGUUUAUUAAUAGAGAAAAUGGGACAUCAUCAUUAAUAAAUAAUCAACUUCCAUUAGAUAUGAAUGUUGUUUUAAUGUUGUAUUACACUUUUACUUCCUUGAAUAAUAAUAAUAAUAAUAAUAAUAAUGAAAAACUUAAUUGUCCUACUGAUAAUUCAAUGUCGUUUAAUUCUCAUUCAAUUACAAAAUGUGUUACUGAUUGUAUCAAGCUUCCAUUAGUCUUGUUCGCUUCUAGCACCUUUGUACAUAAAAAUCAAAUCACUGGAAAAUUUUCUUUGGUUUUUCAAUUGGUAACAAAGUUUCAUAAUCAUUUAAAAAAUGUAUAUUUAUCAGACUUAUUACCAAAUUUUUUACCUAAAAAUGAUGCUACUUGUUUUAAUGAAAGUAGUCUAAAUAAUUUCACCAUAUGUGUAUCAUUUUGUGGUUUGAAACAAAUGAAUAAUGAUAAUCAACAAUGUGUAUACAUUUCAAUUAAAUACAAUAAAAAAUUCAAAUUUAAACUACAAAGUAAUCAUCCUGAAACAUUUUGGCCAAUUUUACAAGAGCUCAUUUUUCAUAAUAAUCUUAUUGGAAAACAUAAAACGAAUAAUGAUGCAAAUAAUCUUUACAUUGUCUUGUAUACGAAGAAUGCUAGAAAAUUUAUGGAUGAUGGUUCUGUAUCUCCGAAAUCACUAUCGUCACUAAAUUUUGAUAGUUAUGCUUCUCAACUUGAAACAUUGUUCAGUAAAUUAUAUGAAUAUUUAGAUGAUCAUGUCAAUAAAGGUAUAGAACUAGACAACCAAAUUAGUAAGCUUACUGUGCAAGCUAGACAUUAUCGUGCUGUUCAACGAGAAGUUGUUGAAAGAAUAAAACAUAGCCAACCUAAUUGUUUAAAUGGAUUUAAUGAAUUGUUAGAAAGAGAUAUGACUAAUUUAAUGACUGCUUGUGAUUUACUUGACCUGCUAACACAAGAAUAUUUCCAAUCUGGUUAUUCUGUAAUAUCAUUGAUUAUUCUAUUAAGUUUUAUUUGUUUAUUUUGCAUACAAUCGUCAUCCUCUUCUUCUCCAUCAUCAUUUGACUUCUCUGAAUUUGAAACUGACUUUAUACUAUUCCAACCAGCACAUUUGUUGACUAUGCUACACUCAACAGUGUUAUUAGAAAAUAUUCGAAGUACAGAAUUCCCUGAAUCAAUUUUAUCCACUGAAUCUCAUGAAAAUAAUCUUCAUCAUGUUGAUUUUAAACAAUAUCUGCAAGCCGAAAUAAAUUAUUAUUCAGAAAUCAUACAAUCCAAUCACACUGAUCCAAAAGAACAAUAUGAUUUAUUCACUAAUUAUCAAGAUCCUUUAAAAAAUUAUAAUCGAUUACUGACGCCUAAAUAUAUUUAUGAAAAAUUCUAUCAACUUUGUAAACAAUUUAUGUCUUACGAUCAUAAGGAAAUCAAACGUUUAAUUAGUUUGCUCAAUCGGUGAAUAACUCUGUUUUAUUCGAUUUGUUUCUUUCAGUAUUUUUAUACACCAGCUUGUCAAGUUGUAAAUUUGAAAUGAAGUAUUUAUUUUGGUGAGCAUAAAUAGUAAUAUUGUUCAACUUGUAUUUAGUUUUGUAGUCAU